AUUAUAAAUAAAACAUUUUAAAAGAUGUUAAAGAAAUGUUUUCGAGAAUUAUUCGAAAUAAAACUUUUAUACAGAAUCGUUUAUUAUCCACUAUAGUACCACAUGAACAAUCAAGAGAAGUUAAUUAUGUUAAAACUUCAAAGAUCACGUCAAAAAAACAACAUGAAAAAGAACUUCAAGAAUUCUUAAAUAAUGACAACGAUAUAAAAUCGAUUAAACAACAUAUACCAACGAUUUUACUGAAUCGUACUUACGAUCCAUCAGCAAUUUAUUUAAUUGAUAAAAAAGUUGCCACAUUAAUCGCUUGUGCCAUACGAAAAAACAUACCGAUUAAAAACACAAAAAAUAUACAAAUAUUAGAAGCAAAUCCAGGAUUAGGUUUAUUAACGGAUGAAUUAAUUAAAAAAGGAUUUCAGAAUAUAAGUCUGUUCGAAUCGAAAGUACAUUUUUUUAAUUAUUUAAUUGAUAAGUAUGAGAAUCGAAAUAUGUAUAUCAAUUGUGAUGAUUUCUUUUCAAUUUGGAAGUUAGCAUAUCAAGAUCGAUUUGAUAAUGGAACUCGUGUGGCUGAUUUGCUUGAAAAUUUUAAGCUUACAUCUUGGACUAGUGGAAGUUCUGGAAUGAAGAUUAUAGGAUCAAUUCCAAAUACAACCUUUAUAAAACAUAUGAUUUACUCGGUUAUCUUACAGAUUGGUCUGGUCAUGUAUGGUCGACCGGAAAUGUUUUUGGUUAUGCAGCCUUCCGUUUAUCUGCAAUUAACAGCUCAACCCGACGAUGGUUUUAUGAGUUAUCGGUCAUCAAGCGUUCUAUUUCAAUUAUUAUUUAACAGUGAAAUUGUUGAAAAACUACCGAGAGAAUCGUACUUGCCGUGGCAAUAUUUACGAUCCAAGAAACGUAGCACCUCACCUUUUAAAGGCAUAGAUCCAGAUUAUCUCUAUUUAGUACAUAUUUCGGGUAAAAAAGUUCUUCCAGUACCAAAUAAUGAACUGCAGCCACUUUGGUACUUUGUUCGUCAUCAUAUGCUAAGUCGUACAAAUCGUGUUAUACCACAAUUAGAACGUUGGAUUCCUGGUAGUGGAUCAAAAUUUAUAGCUGCUAGUACUAGAAGCAGUGACAAACGAGAUAAAUUUAAAAAUAUUGGAAUUUUCACGAAAUUUGGUGAAUUAACACCGGAACAAAUUUUAGAAUUAUUUAAACAAUUUGCAAGUAUGCCUGAAUAUCAAGAAAGUCCAUUUUUGGCAUCAAUGGAAACUAGUUUAUUAAAAUUAGAAAGUAACGAGGAAAGUGCAAAUGCUGUUGAAAUUACAGAUGCAAAUCAUAACGAACAAGAGUUAUUUGAAGAAAAUAAUGAAAAUAUUCCUGAAAAAUCCAGAUGAGAUUGUCUUAAUGAUUUUAGUUGAUUUUUUUAGUCACCAAAAAUAUUUAUUUUAAUUAUUCAUUCUCAUAAUUAUUAUC